GGUGGGAGGUUAGGGGGCGUGUUUAGGUCAGGUGGUUUGGGCGUGGUCUCUGCCAGGUUUCCUCUCUCUGAGUCCUCGUGUGGUUAAAGCAGAGUUGUUUGGGAAAGCACGAGCAGGAGUCACAAUGUCUUUCAGUCUGUCGGAUGCUGUAGGAGAUGGUAAGGAAGAGGAGGUGAAGAAGGAUGAAGCUCAGAAGGACGAGUUCAAUUGGUUCGGGAAGAAGGAUAAGAAGUCUGACAAGGACAAGUCUGACAAGGACAAGUCUGACAAGGGCAAAUCUGACAAGGGCAAGGAUGCCAAGGGCAAGUCUGACAAGGGCAAGGAUGCCAAGGGCAAGGAUGACAAGGGCAAGUCUGACAAAAAGCACAAGUCUGGAGGUAAGGACGAGUCUAAGGACAAGUGCAAGUCUGACAAAAAGGAUGAGGACGGACACGGCAAAAAACACAAGAAGAAGGACAAGAAGAAAAAGGAACAUAAGGAACAUGAGGAAGGGGGAAGCAAAUCAGGCUCCUCAUCCUCAUCUUCAUCUUCAUGUGCAUCCUCUGGCAGUGAUGAGGAAUGAUGAUCUUGGGAGACCGGACUUCUCUUUCAGUCUCUUAUUGACAAAUUGUCUGUGUGUGGUUGAGUGUGCAGUAUAGUACCAACUUUUCUUCCUGUUGUUUCAUUGGUGUCACAGAAACAUGCUGGUUUUGUGUAAACAAAUCUGCUGAUUCCUAGAAAUAAAUGUUCUGACAACAAAA